UCUUCUUCGUCUUUCUCUAGCACCUAUAAUUCUGAUAUUUCUCAAUUUUCUUUUGUCCUUGGGCGCAUAACAUACCUUGCGAUAAUACCACAUUCCAUCUUGCCUGCAUACCUGAUUCCUAAUUUUCAAUUUGGAGUUCGUAGGGCUGGCAAAUAAUCAAUCGAUCAAUCAAUCAAAUAACCCCUCCGACAAAUAAGAUACCCCUACAAUCUAGUAUCUACCCCGAUCGGCUUUGAUCCCUUCCCAUAUUCCGGAUUCGUAUCUAAGACAUUUCAAUCUGAGGAAGCGUGUCUUAGUUUUAGUGUAAGCUGGAACAAAACACAAACACAGUCUCAUUAGAGACGAAAAAAAAAAAGAUGUAUGUUGCUCGGUUACUUUUUCCCUCAAUCCGAUUUUUCAAUUUUAAUUUAUUGUUGCCCUGUUCCCUCCCAUGUCGACCUGAACUUAAUCCCUUUCAAGGUUUGCGACCAAAACUCUAACUUUUUUGACAGCUAGCACUAGAUCUAGAUAAAUCAGCUCAGCUCCUCAAUAAAUCUAGCAGCAAGCCGGCUCGUCUCAACAUCCAUUCCGGUUUGACCGGACACCAUCAUUCAUCAUGGCGCGAUCCAACACCUACCUCGCGCCCCUCUCCCUCAUCUUCCUCGCGGGCUCCAUUGUGAUGCUCUUCUUCGUUAUCCUUUCCGCCGUUACCAACACUUCGCCUCUGCGACAAACCUACUUCCUCUCCGCCGACACAUCCGGCAUCACAGGCGCCCGCUCCGUAACGCAAUGGGCGUACUUCUACAUCUGCGGCGAAGGCAAUUCGGAUUGUAGCCGCACAUGGCCCGCGCCCCCGCUAGGAUGGGCCUGGUCCGGGAACCCGUCCAAUGCGCCCUCGGAGUUAGUCGGCUCGCAUGGCGGCGAUACGACUAGCUCGUACUACUUCUACAUGUGGCGCUUCGGAUGGGUUUUCUACCUGAUCGCCCUCGUCUUCUCCGUAUUGGCCUUCUUCGCCGGCUUCGUGGCAUGCUGUGGACGCUUGGGUUCUGCAAUCGCGGGUUUCGGUGCCCUCGUUGCGCUAUUUUUCCACACUAUCGCCGUGUCCUUGAUGACUGCCGUAUUCGUUAAGAUGCGCAACGCUUUCAUCGCGAAUGGACGAACUGCAAGCCUAGGAAAAUAUGCAUUUGGUUUCAGCUGGGGAAGUUGGGCUGCUCUAUUGAUCGCUACGCUACUAUUCUGCCUCGGCAUCCGUGGUGGAAGCAGCGACACAUACGGUGGCGGUGGUCGACGAUGGGGCCGCCGUCAGAGGAGCGUACGAAGCCGACGAAGCUACGAUCUGAACGGUCGAAGGGUCAAGGAGGACUAUGCUUGAAAGGUGGAGACAGAAGAACGGGAGAGCAGGACGGCGUAAAUAAUGAUUUUGCGACCGACUAGCCAAGAUAAUGAGGAGAGGACGUGAUCUGACAAACGAAAUCUAUACUAAUGAGGCUAUUCAACCCUACGUUUUUACGGAGUUUGCGGCAGGCUCGGCGUAAUGGAUAACGGCGGUCGUGAUUUACCGGAAUCAUUUUCUUCUGCUAGGAAUUGAGUUGCGGAGAGGCGUGCAAUAGAUGGUAAUGAGGAAGAGGAAAUGUAAUAAAUCUGAGAUACCACAGCUCAAGCUAUCUACGCUUAUGCUCGAUCGUUACGUUAGAUAAAAAAAAUCUGACUGCAUAAAUUUCUUCGCAAGACUGAGUGAUGUAAAAGCGCCAUCCUAUUUUGUAGUCUAAGUAUUAAUGAAUGAAUACCUC